AUGGAUGAAGCCAUCAUUUGGAAUGCUCGUGGAGUGGGCAACUUACCCACACAAGAUACUCUUGCUAAGUUCAUUAACAAGUUCAAGUCCUCCCUGCUGGCUAUUCUGGAGCCCAUGCUCAGGGACUCCAAAAUAGUAGGCUUUGGCUUGAAGCUCGGUUUUCAUAGUUCCUUCUCCAAUGUGGGAGGGGGAGGAAAGAUUUGGGUGUUCCACAAAAAUGAUCUAAAUAUUUUGAUAGCUUCACUAUCUAACCAGCUUAUUUACCUUCUUGUGAAUGUGCCUACUUGCAGGGAGCCUAUUCUCUUCUCGAUAGUGUAUGCGAAAUGGGACUUCAACGCGAUCCUCUCAUCGGAUGAGAGGCUGGGUUCGGCAACGCUUGACGCUGCCAGUGCAGAAGAGUUUAUGAAUACCAUUCAAGAAGUAGACUUGCUCGAUGCAGGGUUCUCUGGGAAUAGUUUCACUUGGAGUAAUAACAAGGCUGCAUCAGCUAGGAUCUGGGCAAGACUAGACAGGGUCUUCAUUAGCGACUCUUAG